AACAAACCGAGCUCACCCUCAGACUACCAGGAAGUGACAGCAGCAGAACAACAAAACAGAAACUAGAGAAACUCCAGAUCCUCCGUGUUUACCGAGCAUCGAGCUCGAACUCUCUGCUGUUAAGCUUCCCAGCCGGUCUCUUACUGUUCUAACGAUGUCUUCUUCUACCGCCGAGAGGACACCAUGGAGCUGCCAGGUGUUGUUUGGUGUCGUGGUUCUGCUGGUGAGCUGUGUGAACCAGGCUGAAUGUCAGACUACUCCUCCGCCUCCAACACCCUGCUCUGCCUACAGGAACUGUGACACCUGUGUUCCACACGCCCAGUGUCUGUGGUGCUUCUCCAACAACAACUGCACAGACUACCCAGUGAGCUGGUUGCUGCCUCCAGCAUCAGUGUGCCAGCUGUCUAAGGCCCGUUGGGGAGUGUGUUGGUUGAACUUUGAAGCCCUGAUCAUCGUCCUGGGUGUCCUGGGUGGAACCGUCCUCAUCAGCUUUAUCGUAUGCUGCUGCUGCUGCUGUUGCUGCAAGAAGCGUCGAUCAAGGCCUGACAGAGAUGAUGAGAGAUUUGUGAGGAGGAGAGAGGAGAUCAAACAGCGCGCUGACGAACGUAACGUGGAGAGAAAGGCACGGCACGAUCAGAUCCGCAAGAAGUAUGGUCUGAUGACUGACUCGGACCACCCGUACAGCAAGUUUGAGAACGAGUAAAGCAGCUGCACUGGACCGGUUCCACAGGCAGCACGUGGAGCUGGCCCUUAGUUUUAGCUGGAGUGAUGCACAUUUCUCACUCUAACCACAAACAAUGAGACGUGUGCUGCUGAGUGGCUCGGUUCAGACUGAUCCGCUUCAGACUACAAAUCACCAUCAACAAUAACAAACAAAAACAAAUCUUGAUUCUUGCUGAGGAUGCAACGCUGUUCGCUGUUCUGGUGUUUAGGAUGGAUGUUUUAAAACUUCCUGCAGAGUUCUUUUGUCUUCUCCUAUAAUUUCCUUGUACCGUAUGAGUUCUCUCUUUUUAAAUAUGGUAGUUUCAUAUCUGCCUUUGCACUUUGUACAUACAGUUUUGAUUUAUGAAAUACAAAGUAAUGAUUGUACUGCAGAUGUAAACCUACACAUGAAUAAAUUUCUUCUCUUUUAAAA